AUGCACCGUUUCACAGGCGGGCUGCAGGCCCGGCAACUCAACAUGACCAGUAGACCGGGAGGCCACCCGGCCGUGUUCUCAUACACGGCUCGAUUCACUGGUUUGAGCCGACCCGUCGCCACCGCAACGAACAGCUGGCUGGCACCUCACCUGCCCGAGUCAAUAGCGCAACUGCCCUAUUGUUCAGUACUCUCGACGCAGUUAAUCCAGCCCGGACCCGUUCAUGUUCACAUUCACCUGUGCUGA